GUUUACUCAUGAGUAUCCUACGUCAGGGUGAGAGGCGCUUCUUACACGAACGAUAACAAAAGCUGAUGAAUUGAUGAAGUUUCAAACUGAUAUAGUACUCCAAAUGGGCUCUCUUGUAGUUUUCACACGAUCCUACCUUGGUUUCAUCACAUUAAUGUUACAGGUCCAGUCGAGACGGAAUUGAAUGAUCCGAUCAGGACCUGCUGAAACUAAUGGUGGAUGGCCUGCAAUCAAAGAGCACAUCAUCCUUGAAAAAUGAUUCGAAUUGCGGCAUUAAACGCCGCAUCGACAAAUACAGAUGAGUCUCAAGAUCCCUUGAAAAGUAGAAAAAGCAGAACAAAAGAGGCUCAGGAAGCAGAGGCUUUUGCUUUGUAUCAUAAAGCUUUAGAUCUGCAGAAACACGACAAGUUUGAGGAGUCUGCCGAGGCGUAUCAUGAGCUGCUUAAAACACCACUCCUCAAAGAGGCCAUGCCCUCGGAGGAUCAAAGUGUGGGUCUCAAGCAUCCCGGACUGAUGUUGAAGUAUUCCACGUUUAAAAACUUGGCUAGUAUGGCUGCAUCACGAGAUGACCUAGAGACAGCGAUGGAGUUUUACUUAGAGGCUGUUAUGUUGGAUUCCACUGAUGUGAACAUGUGGUUCAAAAUUGGACAAGUGGCUGUACGACUACUGCGCAUUCCCCUGGCCAGGCAUGCUUUUGAGGAAGGGUUGCAGUGUAACCCAGACCACUGGCCCUGCCUCGACAAUCUGAUCACUAUUCUCUACACACUCUGUGACUAUACCUGGUGUUUGUACUUCAUCAGUAAAGCUCUUGAAAAAGAUCACUGCUACACCAGAGGCCUGGUGUUGAAGGAGAAAAUCUUUGAGGAACAGUCCAGUCUUAAAAGAGACACAAUCGAGAUGUUCAAGAGAUGUGACAUAUCUGUCCACCAUGUGGAAGUGGAGGAAGAGGAGCGCAAAUCCAUUGUGGAAGAGGCUCUGGAUUUAAGGAGACGUAGACAGGCUCUCUCUUAUACGGAACCAACCCCCGAUCUUCUCUUGAUUAAGCCUAUACGCUGUCUAUCGUGGAAGCAUGUUGGUGAAAGCCUUAUUGCAAUGUAUAGAUAUCAAACCACAUGUGAGCCGCCACGACAGAGUCUUGGACGAAGGAUUGACUUGUCAGUAUACUGCGACCAAAGCUUCCUCCAAAUCUUGCCUGAACCCAACAGUCCGAUCAGCACAGUUCAAGCGCCUGUGCUGAGCAGCAGCCCAAGCUCAUCUCUGCCGCCGACUGUCCUUCCUGAGACUUCAGCACUCUCACAACCCACUAUCCAAACCCAAAUUACCAUUGUGGAAAUCCCCACAUCUUCUCCUUCUGUCGUUACAGCUCUGGACAUUUCUCUGACAGACAAGGCAAAGAAAGCACCUAAAAGGAAACGUGCUGUAGAAGAUAACAUUGAGACUGCCAAGAGGCGUUCUGCACGGGUUAGAAACACCAAAUGCAAAAAGGAAGAGAAGGUUGAUUUUCAGGAAUUGCUGUUUAAGUACCUUCCUUCAAGGCUAAGGAAGUUUAAUCCUGAUAAUGAUGAUGAAAGUCUGAGUAAUCUUGAGUCACAGUGUGAUGGAAAGGAUGACAUUCAGCCUCUACUUGGGAGCUGCGGUGGUGCUGACGCAGUUGAUUACAUGGAAUCUGAGCAACAGGAUGUUCAUAACUUCCUUCUCAGAAAUAUGACCAAUGGAGGAACAUUGGACCUGAUGUUGGGCUUUCUGAAAGCAGUGGGUCAGAAGUUCAUGGAGGAGUGGCCUCCAGGUAUGACUGCUGUGGUGCUGGAGGUCUACCAGAGUUGGAGAAAGCACAGCUGUGGUCUUCCUAACCCUUUGUUUCGAGACUGCAGUAAGCAGCACAUCCGGGAGAUGUUGGAAAUGAGCUUGGCAUGUAUGGAAUUGCAGCUGGAGGAAUGGUUGCAUAACAAAGGCAAGACUGUAACUCCUAGAAGAAGCACUGGUUCCUGCAAUGACACACCUGAACAUGAAUUCCCUGGGCAACAUUUCCAGACCGAUGUUUUGCUCCUGGCUUUAGGUUCCUCCCAAAAAGAUCUGUUGGAGGACAAGUGGUUUGAUGUAACAGUGCGUGUUUACUGGCUGAAGGCUAGAUACCUUGCGCUUCAUGGAGACAUGGAACUGGCUCAAGAGAGCUAUGAUGUAUGUACAGGACUGUUGCAGAGCAAAGCUCAGCCCCCUGAAGGGAGACAUUAUACGAUCAAACUGCCCAAUUUAAAGCUAGAUGCAGCAAUCUCUUUUGAAGAGAUUGACAAAAGACUGAAGUCUCUUGAGCGCUGUCAGUCAUUGGAGGAAAUCCAGCGUCUCUUUGAAUCUGCAGACUUUGAGUCAGUUGUGCGGUUGUUGCAGCCAACUCUUAAUUAUGGCAGCAGGAAUAAACAUUUGGAGUUUGUUAGGUCAGCACCAGAACGUCCUGCUCAGCUUCUGCUGCUGCAGAAUUCAUUGUUGAAGCUGCAAGACUACCAGCAAUGUCUGGAGACAAGUGAGUUGGCUCUGAACGAAGCUCUACAGCAACUCAACACUUCCACAACAAGCUCUCCACCUGGGAAAGAAGAAUGGGUCGGCACCAUUACCAAGCUGUUGGAGGGCAUCAAUGUCUGUUUUUCCAAGGACUCUGAGCUCCUUUGCAACAUAAACCACUUAUCCAGUAUGCCUCGACUGGCAAACAAUCUUAUUCAGCUGAUCGACCUUAGCAUGACAAUUUCUGAAGACCCCAAAGAGCCAUAUUUCUUCUCUGUGCUGCCGUGGAUUAUUUUAUAUCACAUAAUCAAACACGAAGAAGCUGCUUUUAGUGCUAUGCUUCAACAACAUAUGUCUGUAGGGGAUGACGAAGAUGACUCGGAUUCUCCGAUGUUGCCGUCCUCGCUUAUGCUAUUGAACACCGCUCAUGAGUAUCUUGGACGUCGCUCCAUGUGCUGCUGUUCAGAUGGUUCACUACUCAAGUUUUUCGUUCGAGUUUUGGAAAAAGAAUUUGCAACCGCUGGCACUGCCAACAAUAUCUGUCAUCCAUACAAAGAGGAGUUGGAAAUGGCUUUAGAACAAUGUUUUUUCUGUCUAUAUGCCUACCCUAGCAAGAAGAGCAAGGCUCGCUUCCUUGAAGACCACUCCUCUCCACAGGUUGAGUUGCUGUGGAAUGAUGCCAUUUUCAUGUUCCAGUAUUUUAAACCAAAGUGCCUGCCCGAGUUUGACAGCUACAAAACAAGCACCGUAUCUGCAGAUUUAGCUAAUCUGUUGAGAAGGUUUGCAGGUAUUGCCCCCCCAAGUGAAACACCCACCCUCACUAUGGACGAGGUUGCAGCAUACAUUGAAGGCUUGACAAAAAAGACACCGUGUCUUCCUGAAGGUAGUCCCCCAGCACUUCCAAUUAUUAAUGAGGUCUACUACUUGCUGGCUGAUUAUCAUUUCAAGAACAAGGAGCAGUCCAAAGCCAUUAAGUUUUAUAUGCAUGACAUAUGUGUUUGUCCGAACAGGUUUGAUUCCUGGGCUGGAAUGGCCUUAGCUAGGGCCAGUCGCAUUCAGGAGAAACUGAACUCCAAUGAGCUAAAAAGUGAUGUACCCAUAUGGAAACACUCACAGGCUGUGCUCAACUGCUUUAAGCGGGCCCUGGAGAUAGAUGGCUCCAACCUGUCGCUCUGGAUUGAGUAUGGAACCAUAUCAUAUGCUUUGCACUCCUUUGCUUCACGACAGCUAAAGCAGUGGCGUGAUGAGCUUCCACCAGAGGUGGUAAAACAGAUGGAGGAAAGGAGAGAAUCCAUGUUAGAGACUGCAUCUCGGUGUUUCCAGGGAGCCUCCCAGUGUGAGGGGGACAGUGAUGAAGAAGAGUGGCUCAUUCACUAUAUGCUGGGAAAGAUAGCAGAGAAACGCAGACAGACACCUGUGGAAUACUUGCAGCUUUACAAAAAGGCAGCACACUUUCUGUAUGAAGAGGCUGCCAGGUACCCUCGUAAAAUCCAUUAUCACAAUCCACCUGACCUGGCAAUGGAGGCACUAGAGUUGCACUUCCGUCUCAGCGCCACCAUCUUAAAGCUACUGCAGGCUAAUGAGCCCAACCUGGACCAUGAAGUCUUCUUCAAUUUGCUGGUUGAGGCUGCUACAGGGCCCUUUGCCAUAGGGGAAGAGAAGAGUAUGCCCAGCAUACCCAGGUCUAAUGAAAAGGAGAAAUCUACAUCUGUGAUAGAUGAAGACCUUAAUAGUUCUUCAGUGGGCAUAGGCAACAUCCUCAGCUCUUCCCUUCCAUCGGUUGCCACUCCAGGUGUGACCUCCCCUCUCUACGUUGCAACGCCAUUUGACCAUGAUUACGCCAAACGCAAAACUCUCCGGCGGCAACAGUGGCAGCAGCAGCGGCAUGAGGAACAGCAGGCUGAUGCCUCACCAGAGUUUGACCAUGAUUACUGCUUGCCCAGGUCUUCAAUGUGGCUGGCUUCCCUCAAUGAACGCAGUCAGGACAGUGAGGUGGUGAUGCUUUCUGACUCCAACUCCACCCAGGAUGCUUUCACAGAUCCCACCAGCUCACAAGACAGUAGCCAUAAACCGGGCUGUGGGAAAGUCAGUUCUUCAUCAUCAGAAAACACAACACCUGUAAAGGAAGCACAGCCUGCAUCCGAGGACAUGGAGUCACGCGGACCUCAGGCUGUCCCCGGGACAGAGGAAUAUCUGGUUGAGGAAAUUGUGGAAAUGGUGGUGAUGACGCUUCCUGAGGCUUUAACUCCCAAAAUCCCUGCAGAUCUGUGCUUUCCUUCUGUGCUUGUACCAGCCACCCCUCCGAAAGCAUCCUCCUCUCAACAGGCUGCUUUUCAAACCCCAGCCGGCGAAGGCAAAAAGAAGCCAGAGCCUCCUGCUGAAGUGAUUGAGGUACCCAAGGCCUUGCCUGCAGAACCUGCUGACCAGAGAAAAAUGCUGGUGGAUAUGUGCAUCCGGUCUCUUUUUCUGUGCCUCGGACGUUUUCCUCAACACUACAAGAGCCUCUACCGCCUGGCUUUCUUUUACACCAACAGCAAAACCCACCAGAACCUACAGUGGGCUCGAGAUGUGUUGCUAGGAAGCAGUGUCCCAUGGCAACAACAGAAGCACAUGCCUGCACAAGGACUCUUCUGCGAAAGAAACAAGACAAACCUGUUUAAUGGCAUCUGGCGUAUUCCAGUAGAUGAGAUUGAUCGCCCAGGAAGUUUUGCAUCUCAUAUGAACCGAUCCAUUGUCCUUUUGCUGGAGGUGCUAUCACAGCUUAAAGAUCACGACACCUUGCUGAAAGUCUCUUUCAUGCUUCAGAGAACCCCUGACCAGGGAAAAAAAUAUUUACGUGAUGUUGAUCGCCAGGUUUUGGCCAAGAGAGCAUUUUUCCUAAAUGUUAAAGUCCUCGAGGAUAAUCUGAACAGUCUCACUGGGGUGCAGCUACCCAAACCACUGACCCCCUGCAUGGGGGAAAUGACCACGACCGCUCCAUCCAAUAGGCCAAGUUCAGAAGACAGCAAACAUGGGUUGCCCAACAAACCACUGCUCCCAGACGGGAGUUGUACCGCUGACACAGGAAGCAAGGAUGGCUCCCUACCACAAAUUCCUCCACUCACAAUAUCUGCAGAGAAAGGUGGAAAGGUUGAGAAUCAGCCUGAAAAGGCAGAACCUGCUCGGAGUGAGGGGCACAAAACAGGGCCAGAGGAGCCAAUGGAUUUGAUAUCCAGCCAUUGGCGGAGACCAUCAACAACCACAGAUACUCAAGGCAGGGAAACGGAGACACAGAUGUCUUUGGGGGUAAUAGACCCACGUCAGAAAAUUACUGACAACAGCAGGACAUCAGAGCUUUCUCUUGAGGAGCUAAGUAUCAGUUCCAGGCAGCAGCAACUCCAGUCUUCUGCAGGCAAGGUCACUUUGGCAGCCAGCAGUACUGAUCAAGGUUUACUUCGAAAACCCAACAGAAAAAGGAAACUUUUAGAGGAUGUAGAGUCUGGAAAAGCCCUGUUGCUUGACGCAUACAGAGUGUGGCAACAAGGCCAGAAAGUGAUGACCUAUGACCUAGGUCGCAUUGAAAAGAUCAUGUCAGAAACAUACAUGCUCAUAAAACAGGUUGACGAGGAUGUGGCUCUGGAUCAGGCUGUGAAGUUUUGCCAGAUACAGUUGGCCACUUCUGCCCAACGACAGCCCAUGUGCGAGACCCCGACCACACCUAAAUUCACCAAGGAGCACAGAGAUCUCUUCUUCCCCUCCUCCCUGCCAACGCCGUUUCUGCUCAGCCAUGCCACGUGUCUUCCAUUGUCCAACCAAGAGGGCCAAGGCAAAGUGGUGUUUGAGCCCCUGAACAAGUUACCCGGACCACAAACUUCAAGCCAUGAUCAGCUACCACAGGGGAGAAUGGCUAGCCACACAGCAGCACCUUUGACCUUCCUUCAACACACAGAGGAGCGUAAGAACCCCACAGAGGGACUCUUGUACAGACAGCAGGAAUCACACCUCUGUCAACAGAUGAAAUUGGCCUCUGUAUCGCAAGCACGGGAAGCAGCAGCAGCAGCUGGCUGGUUCCAGGAGGAAAUGGCCACAUGUAGCAGCAGCACCCAGCAGGGUCCAGACCAACAGCACUAUGCCAGCAGUGAUCUGUCAAAGCUUCCAGACUCCAGUCGAAUGCGUUCACGCGUCCCGCCUACCAUGCCAAAGCUCGUCAUCCCCUCCACAGUCACCAAAUUCCCCCCAGAAAUUACAGUGACUCCUCCCACGCCCACACUUCUCUCUCCCAAAGGCAGCAUUUCGGAAGAAACCAAACAAAGGCUCAAGAACGUCAUCUUGUCGUCGCAGUCCGCUGCCACGGUCAAGAAAGACACCCUGAGCCAGCCUUCGCUGGAGGUGCAGGAGACAUCCAGCCAAGAGUCAUCUCUGGAGAGCGAGUCGGACGAGGAGGACGAUUACAUGGACAUCUGAGGCUCUUAAAGCCUCCUGUAUGGAAAGCUGUUUGAGCAUUUAUUCAUCAGGGUGCCCUAGUCGAACAACUUAAGUUCACUAGUAAAAUGACUACUUGUGUUUUUCCCCACUGCUAGUGCCAUUUCUGGCCCAUCAGUACACAAAUAUACUUCAGCAGUAAACAAUGGCAUGCAAAGUCGAUGGCUGAAUUUAGCUUAAUUAAUGCCAGUACAAUCUUCACGUUAAAUCUCAAAACACUAUUAUUGGCCUUGGGAGCUAUCUCCUCAUCUUUGAAAAGGAAAAACCUUUGAUGCCAUUUCAACCUCAAAAAGUACUUUCACUGACCUAUUGAAUAUACCAGUGCACAACCCCAGGUUUGUCACACUUUUCAUGACAGAUGUCAGAUGCUGUAACAGUAGCUUGAACAAUUUUCACAACAGAAACUCUUCUGUUGUCUAAACUUAGAAGUGCAUAAGGUCAAUUUAAUUCACUAAUAGACCAACAAGAGCACACUAAAAAAAAAAAAAAAGACUACUAGGGGAACUUUUGACAUCCUAGUUAGGACAGCUCCGUUAUUUUUAUGGCAAAACUGCACAAGUUCAGUGGGGGCCAGCCGCAGGUCGAUUAUUGUCAUAACUAAUAUUCCAUUAAUUCAUUGUAUAUAAAAUUAUUUUGCUGCAGUUUAUUACUAAAUAUUUACUGUUUAUUUGAUUUUGGGGUUUUUUUUGUACUGUUUGCUGAUUCAACUAACACAAAAACAAGCAGUAUCACACGAGAGGGAGUAAUGUUUUACAGCGGUCUUUCACUGUUCAACAACUGUUGUUUGUUUGGUUUUUUUUUGUUAAUGUUUUCCCACUGUAAUCCCCAACAUUAUUGAAACUGACAUUUUCGGUACUGACUCAUGUAAAUGGCAUCAAUUUGACUUCUGAGGCUUCUUUAAGGUUGAAGUCCAUCAUUUAAAUACUUCUUCAUACUAUGGCGAAAAAUAAUGAUUUUUAUCAUAGAUUUAAGUGGCUAUUAUUUUUCCACAAAUCGAUUAAGAUCCAGUGCCUGGUUUGGUCCAUAAUGUAAAAAAAAUGGGCAACGUAAAAGUAGAUGUUUACAAACAAAAGGAUAAUUUGUGCACUUUUUUUUCCCUGUUGAAAUCCUGAAAUCGGAGGCUUUUAGGCCUUUUCAAUUUUUAAAAUGACUACUCAACCAAUAAUGAAAAGUUGUGAAAUUGAUGAGCAAUCAUUGACUAAUCAAUUCAUUGUUGCUCCUCUCAUUUAAUUGCAUAUGCGUAGUCCCAAAGUAGUGGCAUUAGUAGUGGAGAACAUGUUUCUACGAAGACAGUAAUUCUGAAUUGUGAGAAGUGAAAAGUGAGGACAAAGUACUAGUGUAUGUACAUUAACCUGAAUAUUAAGGCUAUUGAAUAAGUCUUCAAACUGCUUUCCAUACUCCUGCGCUAGCAAACCACACGCUACUCAGUGGUGGUGUUGCUGGUGCAGUGCAUGUCACUGCAGUUUCAGUCUUUAUUUAUGCAAUUGUUCAAUUUCUUCCCCUACCCUCCAAAAACCGAGAGAAUGCAGUAUUUUCGUAGGCUGUGGCAAUGUUACCAUGUUGCCCAACUUGUGCGGCAUAGCAUAGGUUUGUUGCGUAACUUGCCAUUUAUGCAUAUCACGGCGCACCCAAGCAGCGCGUCACCUUUAUAUGCAUCAUUACUUUGGUUGUUUGACCCGCAGACCGCACAAUGGAAUGGUGACCAACAGGUUAGCACGUCUGCCUCACAGUUCAGAGGACGCAGGUUCAAAUCCCAGCUCUGCAGGUCUGGAGUUUGCACGUUCUCUCUGUGUCUGCAUGGGUUUUCUCCGUGAAUUCCGACUUCCUCCCACAUCCCCAAAACAUGCAUGGCUAUUGUUGAUUGAAGACUGUAAAUUGACCAUAGGUGGGAAUCUGAGUAUGAAUGAUUUUCUAUAUUCCCAGCGAUUGUCUGGAAACCAGUUCAAGGUGUACCCUGCCUCUUGCCCGAAGGUAGCCUGAAUAGGUUAAAGCACGCCCGUAGUGAGGAUUAGUGUUACUAAAAAUGGGUGGCACUCCCAGCUGCCCCUUUGUCCUUCUUUUCCAGGUGAGGACCGUUGCCAUGAAGGUUGGCAUACAUUUCAUAGGACACGGGUGACAAAAGGACAGUCACUGCACAACGGCGUAGCCUGUAGCACAUCGGAAAUGUUUACACCCAACAUUUGGAUCAGAAGAUCACUCAAGUGUGCUGCUUUCGUACUUCCCAUGUUCCUGCAAGACUAUUUUUGUUCUUUUUCAGCAGUGCAGCUAUAGCUGUGAGCUUCUCACAAACGAGAUGCCUGUCACCAGCACUCAAGUGAAUCAUGUAGAAAGAAAACAUUUUGUACAUAUCAAAAUCCAAAUAUCUUUGGCAGCAACAGAGGUGUGUGUGUGUGUGUG